UUGGAUGUUGUUUUCAGACUCUAGUGGAACGGCACGUGAAUCACCACUUCAAUCAGAGUUCGCAGUCAAACGGCAGCAACAGAAAGUCGAAUGAAAAUGGAUCCAAGCUAAUCCGGAGAAAUGGAAAGAAGCUACGGUAUAGGCGGCAGCCUUGGUCAGCGCGAAUGUUCGACUUCUUCGACACGGGUAUGAUGCAGGGUCUUCAGUGGCGGCUACUAAGGUGUACCAGAUGGAGGCUUGGAGGUUCUUGUCCUCUUCGGGAACCGCCUGGAAGGCAUACCAUCACUCUUCACGCCGCACUUUCUGCCACUCGAUACAAUGCUAUUGAGGGUAGACGGGAGGCCUUAUUGACAUACUACCCUCCGAAUGUGAUCGAGGAUGAAUGGGUGCCAGAACAGGACGUGAAGCGGGUCAAACGAGUGGAGAUCUCCGAGUUGCCGGCCCACACCAAAGUCAUCCUCUAUGAUCAGUUCUGUAGUUCGUACAAGAAGACACCGACUCCGCCACCAGUUAAGAAGCCCGUCGCACAACCGACGAGACAAUUGCCUCUCCGACAAUGCACGUCUUCCCGGCUACUCAACAACCUACUCGCCAAGCAGAAGGCCACCGAGGCUAAGAACGAGUGCAGCGCCACCAACCUGCCCAUGAUCUACGCGGAGGACGACAGCCCCAAGUGCGAAGUCAGCGGCGCCAAGAAGAGGAAGCUCGGCAGAAGACAGGGCGGAAACGCCUUUUGGCCCAGCGGACGGUAGAAUACAUAUGACGAAGGUUGAUGAUGUAUCGAGAAGAACCUCCUUCAGAAGGAGAAUUUAAUUAUUCAGCUUAAAAUAUGUCACCAACCUGAUAGUAUUUUAGAGAAUUUUCUAGAACGUCGAAUAACAAUCUAGACAGAUGUUGAUUCUUCGGCGGCGGCCGCUUGAUCGCAAGCGGCGCGUGCGCAGAUUACUCACAAGACUGAUCAUUUAUAUAAGACUCGGACUUCGAGUGACGCGACGAUAGCGAACAAAUUGUAAAUAAUUAGGAAAUGUAAAUUGUAGACGCGAUUGUAUAGGUUAGGUUAGCAGACGCCGUAGUCUGAGCUAGGUUAAGAGUCGUCCGAAAAACGACCAGCGAUACGAAUCACUGCCAAUGUUGUAUAUAAUAGGAGUAGUUAUAGUGAUGACCGCGCGCGGUCGCAUUUAUCGAUAAUUCCGUUGGACCGCGUCUCGACCGCUUUCGCUUAACGGUGCCAAUUAUUUUAUCGAUAUCGUGACUAUUGUUUUCGUCACCAAGUGCCUCGAAUAGCACGGUUCUACAUACAAGUGUUCACAUAGAUAUAACCGCGUAGUCGAUUCGGUGUUAAGUUUAAUCGAUUCUUUAUAAUCGAAUUUAGGUAUCGAUCGAAGCGAUUGACUUUGAAUCAACGACUGUCUUGUAACGUCACUGCCACGAGAGUUUAUUACGAUAGCGCGUCGUUGGAAACGAAUAUUGGAUUCGAGCAAUAAAAUUGAUUUACUAUGUUAAUGUGUCGAUAUCGAUUUUCUAACGACGCAAGUGAAUAUAGCAAUAACUGUGUGAUAGCUUAAGAUGAUUUUUCACGCACAAGAUUUUUAGCAGAUUUAAAUUAACAUACGGCCCGAUACUCGACCUUAUCAUGUAAUAAUUGGUGUUUUUUUAUUUUUAUAACAGACGUUUAUAUGGCUAUAGUUUAACUGAAAUUGUAUGGUUGUUUUUUGUACUUUUGUACCGAGGUGUGUCAGUGUGGGUUCGUUCUGGUACUGAUGUGAGGAAUGGUCGAAUAUGGACUGUCACUCUUUAAAGUAUUAUUUGACUUUUUAAGAUUUUUCAAUUUAAAUUUGAAUUAUGGAUAAUUCUAAAAUAUCUUUCUUCUGAUCUUUAAGAAUCCAUGCAUUGCUAACAUCAGUAACGGAAUUGACGUUUAAAAACAGCCAUUUUAUAGGAUUUUCUGUCAAAUUGCCUUUCUAGCAAUAAGGGUUAUUGUGUUCCGUUCUCACGAUCUCCGUAUUUUAGGUAGCGUCGGUAGUUAAGUUAGGAAAUGUGCGGUGACUUGGACCGGUUCAAGGGAUAGCUAAUGUUUGGGCCCGAAGUACUCUAAAUUCAAAGAAUUGAAACAGGGAUUCUAUUUUUGAAAAUCGAGCCACGCCCUGAAUUUAGGGUAUUAGGGCCGCGAUAUAAGUCAAUGUAGGAAAUUGUAUGAUGCGUUGGAACUGCUUAUGAUGGCAAACGCGUCGCUAGUAUGGGUGGACCCAAAGAGAUGUUAGGAAAAUUCUUAGUAGUCAUGUUGGUGCCUGGACGAUCGUAAAAUUUCUGGGAAUCCUUCCAAUGUACUGAUUUUAGGUUUGUUUUAAAUUUCUAGAAUAAUUCAGCACUGAUCAUAGUGCCAUAUUGGCUUUGCUUUAUUAAUUUUAUAGUCAAUUGCGACACCAAAUUCAGAAAGACAUUUCCAUGGACUUAAUUUGAUCUCAUCGGAAUUUUUAUGUAAUGUAGGAAAACGUCAUCAAAUUUACGCGUCUUAACACGUUGAAAAUAACUUCGAAUAAUCUGUAGAGACAAAUGACACGAACAGAAUUUCAAAACGGCAAAGACUCGAAGCUUUUUUUUCAAAUGUUGCUCAAAAUUAUUAACAUCUUUUUAUUUGAAUUUUGAUAAAAGCGUCGGUAUUCGCCGACGAAAAAAAUGUAUGAAUGAAUAUGAAGAAAUCGGAUUCUUAGUUUGAUGACGUUUUUCAAAAUCGCUCAAUGUAAAAUUAUUUCGGCUGAAAGAAGUGGCCUAUUAAAGCUUGAGUACAAAUUUUUUUUGCAAUAAUAUUUAGAGUCGAUGUAAUUUGGAGGUAUUUUCGAUAUAAGCCCCUAGUAGUAGCCCUUGGAGUCGUUAGACAGAGAUAAAUAUUUUGUGAUCAAUAAUUGUAGUGGGGUACUAAAUUAGAACAAAAAAACUUAUUUCGAGCGCGUUUGCGUUAAAGAUAUAUUUUUAUCACUGCCACAAUAGUCUUAAUACGAGCGAACCGGGUUCAUUUCCCGGAUAACAAGGCGCGUGCCUUGAAAUUGCUCACUCGGUAAGGUUUCGUUCAUUUAUUUGGCGUAAGGGAACAAGUGUAGUCGCGGAGAUUUUUUUCCUAUUGUUCUGUGACGCAUUUCGUUGGUUUGUCGCCUUUAAGGUUGAAGAGGCGUGAAACACAUUACUGCCGCGCGGCAUCUCGUAAUGCUUGACCAGAGACGUGUGGUUAUAGUUGAAAAUGGUAGAGAAAUUGUAAUUAUUAAUUUUUGGUCACGCCUUACAAAUGUAAAUAUAUGUAUUUAUUAUUAAGUAUAAUGCAGAAGUAAUUUGCUUCGCGCCUUGGCGAGAGCAGCGGUUGUCCCGAGGUGGGGUAAAGUUUGAGACUACCCGGUCUGUCUUAGCCUGCCCGGGUUUUGCCUGCUCGGGGGCUUAAUACGACCGGAUUAAACCUGCUCGUGCGCCAAAAGUGCCCGGGACGGCCGCUGGAGACGAGUUAGGCUAGAUGGUAGUGUACGCCUUGUCUUUCAACAUGUUUCCUAUAUUAUCCGUUUAUUAUAUGAAUGUUCUCCUUUAUUGUAAAUGUUUGAUCCAUAAAUGCUAUAUGCGGACCGAGAGUUCCGAAUAGUGUGCACUACUUUAUUCAAUUUGUAGAUAUUUAAUUAUAUAUAGUAUAAUGUUUAAUGCGUUUUAUUUGCUUGGAGCCGUGAUUGUGUGAAUCCGAAAUUUAAUUAUAAUUUGCCCGCAAAUGGGCCAUCUACCUCAAUUAAUUUAUCACACAUUUGGGCAUAAUAAUAGUGAAUUAAUUUACUCGAAAAUAAGUGAAAAUUUGUUCAUUGUAGCGAUUCUAAGUUUUUUGAUGGUUUGUCCACGUCACAAGUACUGUAUCUUAUAUUAAAUACAUAUGUAUGAUUGACUAAAA